AUGGCUUCCAAUCCGUGUGAGGAGGCUAAGCUGAGCAAGAAACAUGAGGAAAUUUUAGGAAAGAGAGUUGAGCUGCUGCAAAAGAUGGAGAGUCAAUACGAGCAGCAGAAAGUCAGGAAGAAACAGCAGAGUUUGGUGUCUGAAGCUGCACAGAAAAGAAAUGCUCAACUCCUUCAGGAUCUGCAGGAAUUAGAGAAUCGUCUCAGAACGAAAACACUCCUUCAUCCAGAUGUUAUCAACCUUGAGACUCGCUACUGGGCUUCUGUGGAGGAGAACCUUCCAGCGUGGGAGCGCUAUUUCCUUGGCAAGGGCCACCCUCCUGUGGAUGAAGUGAGGAAGUCACCAGGGCACCGGAAACAGAAAGAAAAAAACAGAGCGCUCUCGCCCCCGCAGGACAAGGGACGUCCUCCCCUACCUCGCACCAAGUCUGCCAUGUGA